GGCGGCCAUGCUGCCCCGGUCACAGCGCGGCGCGCCCAGCACCUGCACGGAGGGAGCAUCCAUCCUCCACGAGGACUUACAAAGGCAGUCUGAUGAAGCUUAGUGAUCGUGUUGUUUUAUUUAACUUUCAUUAAAGUGUGCUCUCGGAUUCUAGAUUUUUAUUACACAUUCCACGGACUGAAAUUGAUUACAAUGAAUCUGGAUUAUUCCUGGUCAUAACGGCAGCGGCAUUUACCGGAUGAUUGCACUGCCUUUUAUUGUGGUGUGAACUGUUCAUGGAAUAAUAUUUUGGAGGAAGAAGCUGUGCAGGUAUUACGCAUUUGUGCCGAGUGUAAGUAAAUCAUGCUCGCAUGCCGCACGACGCCCCUCUCUCAGAGGGGGUCACCCCGCCAUCUGAGCUUUCCCCGGCAGGCGUGAGACACCGAGUCGUGUAGACCCGGGAGCCGGUGACCAAAAAAAGUGCAUCGUGCUUUCAUUGCAAGACAAAAAUAACCGAAACGUGUCAUCUACGGUCAAAAUGGCUCUGAACAGAAGCAUCGAGCUGGAGCACUUCGACGAACGGGACAAGGGUCGGCGCUCGACCCGCGCCACCGGCUCCGGUUCUCAGUCCGGGUCCCGGGCGAGCAGCCUGGUGCCCAGCCCCGCUCAGUCCGCCAACUGCAGCUUCUACCGGACCCGCACACUCCGCGCGCUCAGCUCCGAGAAGCGGGCGCGCAAGGUACGCUUUUACCGCAACGGGGACCGCUACUUCAAGGGGCUUGUCUACGCCGUGUCCAACGACCGCUUCCGGUCUCUGGAUGCGCUGCUGGCUGAGCUGACGCGCGCGCUCGCAGACAACCUGCACCUGCCGCAGGGCGUCCGCACCAUCUACACGGCGGACGGCAGCAAGAGAGUGACGAGCUUAGACGAGCUGGUGGAAGGUGAAUGCUACGUUUGUGCAUCUAACGAGCCCUACAGAAAAGUGGACUACACCAAGAACGUGAACCCUAACUGGGGCUCUCGGCUGGCUGGGACAGGCACGGUGCCCGGGGUUGGCCGUCAGGGUUCACUCGGGGGCACACGGGCACCAGGGGAGGGCAAAGAAAGCAAAGACUUUAUUAAACCUAAGCUUGUGACGGUGAUCCGGAGUGGUGCGAAGCCACGCAAGGCUGUCAGAGUGCUGCUGAAUAAAAAGACGGCUCACUCUUUCGAGCAGGUGCUGGCUGACAUUACAGAGGCCAUUAAACUCGACUCUGGAGCCGUGAAGAAGCUGUACACGCUAGACGGGAAGCAGCUGACGAACCUGCAGGACUUUUUUGGUGAUGAUGAUGUGUUUAUCGCAUGCGGUCUUGAGAAGUUCCGCUAUGCUCAGGACGAUGCUGCGAUCGGACACGCAGGGAAAGCCUCGGCCGCUGCGUUCGUUAAUGAGUGUAAGAUGAAAUCAUCCAAGUCAUCAGCUCCUGUUAAGUCCACUACCCCAAGAGGCUCUGGCUUUUUUAGGUCAAAAUCACCUUUGUCAGCCAACGAGGAUUCCAGAAGUCAGAGCCCAACUGCCAGGUCAUCGAAAUCCCCGACCAGCCCAGCAAGUCCACACGGCCAUAAGAUCUCUUCCCGUCAUGUAUCUCCUUCCCCUCCUCCCUCCGGAGAACUGAAUGGAGAAGAGGACUUGAGCCCAGAAGUAAAUGGAAAUAAGCCGCAGUCCUCCAUCAUCACCGAUAAAUACGAAGUAGGGAAAGUCAUCGGGGACGGAAACUUUGCAGUGGUCAAAGAGUGUGUGGAGCGGGCCACUGGGCAGGAGUAUGCUCUGAAGAUCAUAGACAAAGCCAAAUGCAGUGGGAAGGAACAUCUGAUAGCCAAUGAGGUGGCAAUAUUACGCCGGGUUCGGCACCCCAGCAUCAUCCUUUUGAUUGAGGAAGUGGACACCCCCACAGAGCUCUACUUGGUCAUGGAGCUUGUUAAGGGAGGAGAUUUGUUUGAUGCCAUCACCUCUUCCACAAAAUACACAGAGAGAGACGCCAGUGCCAUGGUGUACAACCUGACCGGAGCUCUCAAAUACCUGCACCGCAUGAGCAUAGUGCACAGAGAUAUUAAGCCAGAGAAUCUACUGGUUUGUGAAUAUCCUGAUGGUACCAAGUCUCUGAAGUUGGGGGAUUUUGGUCUGGCCACUGUAGUGGAGGGGCCGCUUUAUACCGUGUGUGGAACACCCACUUAUGUUGCGCCUGAGAUUAUUGCAGAAACAGGGUAUGGUUUAAAGGUGGAUAUCUGGGCAGCUGGUGUGAUUACAUACAUCCUCCUGUGUGGUUUUCCUCCAUUCCGGAGUGAGAGGAACCAGCAGGAGGAGCUGUUUGAGCAGAUCCUACGGGGCCGACUGGAAUUUCCCUCUCCUUACUGGGACAAUAUCAGUGCCAGUGCCAAGGAUCUGAUUGGUAAAAUGCUGCAGGUGAAUGUGAGUGCACGCUACACAGCAGAGGAGGUUUUGUCACACCCAUGGGUCCUGGAUGAUGCCAUGCUGGAGAACAACAUGAUGUGUGAGACAUUGGAUGCAGUCAAAACUGAACAUACACCUGACAGCACUGCAACAGAAACACAGUUAUAUGAGCCGCAAGGUAACGAGCAAAGCUGAAGGUAGACAACAAGAGGACCAGCAGAAGAGAAGCUCGCUGCUUACCUGCUCAAUUAACAACAACCUAAAGAAAUACUUUACCCAGAAAUGUGAACAUGGCUGACAGGAUGCUAAUUAGAGCCUAGCUUCUAUUUUAUAGCCACGGGUCAUAUUCAGAGUUGAGUUAAAUGCUUGUAGUAACGUAAUACAGAUAUUAGACAGUCUUAUUCAUAUAUCCUUCUUUCUCAUUUAUAAACUCUCUUGGCUUUAUACUAGAUCAAAUCACAAAAACAACAAAAAAAGGAACACUAUUUCCUACUUUCUUUGCAGUCCCUAUUUUCUAUCCCACUGUUUAGGGGUUAGAAAAGUGUUUAAUAGGGCAGUGAGAUAGAUGUUGUUAACAGUCCCUGACUUGGAUGUUUGUACUCAAGAAAAAUCUGGCAAUGUCAGAGGUUUGACCUACAUGCAGAUGAUUUUAAUAAUCAGAAUGAGCUGUAAUUCGGCAGGAAAAAUCAACGUAAUGUGUCUAUAACCCAACUCUGAAUACAAGGAACUUAUUGACUGUGAGCAUUUCUGGGUGAAGAGCUUGAUGCUCGACUGAAUGGAAGUCCACUGAGCUGUGAUUAAUUACACCAGACCAGCAAGACCUCUCUCUCUAGUUCUCCUCUCUCACAUUCUUCUGACCCUGUCUCAUUUGAUCUUCAUCGGUCUUUUCCUGUACUCAAAUGAACAAAACCCCCAACCCCACCCAAACCCGAUCCCACCCACCCACCUCCCCUGACCGAACCCACCCCUACACUAUGAACUUUUUUUUUUUUUUUUUUUUUAAAGAGGUGAAUCAUAAGAGGACUGCAACAAAUUGCACAACAAUAUGGCAAAAACCAACACAAGACCAGAACCUGUAGUCUCUAAUCUCAUGCCUAUGGUGGCACCUGGUGCGUGAUCGCUUGCAGAUUCUCCAAACAAACCAGCAACCUCAUUUCUACUCCGCUGUGCCAUUCUUUGCCUAGUGCUCUCUUUUUCUGUAUAUACAGUCUCUCGAUGUGAAAAAUCAUUGAUCUGAGUCAGUAGAUUAAUCCAUGUCGGUAUACUUAGAGCUAGGGCUGGGCAAUAUGACGAAAUAAUAUUAAUAGUGUAUAAAUUAUAGAUUAUGUCUUUCUUAGAUAUCCCUUUUAUUUUUUAGAAUAUUUAUAAUUUUUUUUUAAAAAAUAUUUAAAUUCAAGGCAAAAUGUUUGGAAUCUAAAAUUUGGUUCUGAAUCUUUCAAUUUGUACAAUUUUAGUCAAUUUAAUUUAAAUGCAUUUAUAUUAAUUCAGAUUUGUUAUUAUUUUAAGUAAUUUGACGCCAAAGUAUCACCAAAAAAUUGUCAUAUUGCCCACCCCUUAGAACCGUAGACCUUUCAGACACUCAACAGACAUAUCAUUUCCUACAUAAACUGCAUCCGAUGGUGUGUGCACUAUAGAAGGAAGCACCUGAAACUUUGUGUCCUUUGGCAACCUGAUUUCAGGAAGUGAUCAAGUUUGCAUUAUGCCAAAAUAUGGCUGGCAUCCAACGGCUAAAGAGAAGUAAAAUGCAGUAUUGUCAGUGUGUGUGUGUAUGUGUGUGUCCAUGAUUUGGCGCCUUGUAGUCUUUCUCAAAAAUGUAGUGAUCCAUUUUUUCAUCUAGAAGAGAAAAACGGGAAUGCGAAUGACAUGGAAUGAUUGUCAUAUGUGGAAUAGUAUUAACUUUUGUACCAUGAAUAUUUAGACCAAGUGUUUCAUGUCUGCGCUGUAGGAUCAGUUAUCUCAUGUUUUACUUUGUACCGCAACAAUACAUCGUUAGUAGCUGGAAAAGGAUUUGUGUGUUUCUUGACUCCAUAGACCUUUUUUUUUUUUUAAAUAAAAAUGCAUGACAAUGA